AUGCAGUGUGACGAUAUCACAUGGAAUAUUCUUCGUAAAGGCCAGUGUGCCUUCAAGGCAUGGCCACCAACCUUGUUUUGCCGAAAUGAGAUGAAUUUGACGGGUCUGUGUAAUCGUGCGUCUUGUCCUUUAGCGAAUUCUCAGUAUGCGACAGUUAGGGAAGAAAAUGGUGUUUGCUAUUUGUACUGUAAAGUUAUCGAAAGAAGUCAUUAUCCAAGAAGGCUAUGGGAAAAGACGAAACUUGUCAAGGACAUAAUAAAGGCCUUGGAACAAAUCAGUGAUGCUCUUCUCCACUGGAGUGAAUACGUUCGUCACAAAUGCAAAGCCCGUCUCAUUCGAAUCCAUCAGUAUCUUAUUCGUAUGAGAAAAAUGGCUCUCAAGGGGACACAAAAGAAAAUCAUACCGGUUGGGCGUAAAGUAGAACGACGUGAGAAACGCCGUGAAGAAAAGGCAUUAGUUGCUGCCAAGUUGGAUAAGGCUAUUGAAAGUGAGCUGCUUUCACGGUUACGGCAAGGUACCUACGGGGAUAUUUACAACUUCCGUCAGGAAGCCUUUGAACAUAUGCUCGAUGAGAAUGAAACAACAAUGGAACGAGAGCAAGAAGUUGAAGUGGAGGAUGAUGAGGAUGGGGGCCGAAUGCAGUACGUGGCUGAUUUCGAGUCGUCGGAUGAGGAAGAGGGAGAUGACAUCGAGGACACAGCUGGUGGGCAGUGGUCCCCUCCUGAGACCGAUAGCGAGGAAGACGAUUGGCAGCGACCGGAUGAGGCAUACAAAAGAAGGCGACCACACGUUGAAAUCGAAUACGAGGACGAAUCGGAGUUGCGGUCGAAGAUCAAAGCCUAA